AUACAGUGGUGGUGUGUAACCUAAAUGACCUUAUACGUCAGACGAAGGAUAAAAUCCGAAGUGUUCACACUGCAUUCAUCAAAAUGGCUGCGCCCGCAAGUGGCAGGAGUUUAGCACGAUUCUCGAAGAUUUAUCGAUGUUUCAAUGGAGAAUAUGCAAAUUCGAGCCCCCUUCUGCAAAGGUUUUGCACCACAUCAACACAGAACAACAAACCCGCACCAGAAGUGAAGGUGGAAAGCGCUGAAGGACCUUCUGUCUCAGAUUUGGAAAAGAAAUUUGUUGAAGAAAAAGAAAAAUUGGUUGCAGAAAACAAGAAACUUAAAGAGGAUCUAAGUGUUGUAGAUGACAAGUACAAGAGGGCCUUGGCAGAAAUAGAGAACACUCGAAUGAGGAUGAAGAAACAGAUUGACGACAUGAAACUGUUUGGCAUUCAAGGAUUCAGCAAGGACCUCCUAGUAGUGGCUGAUAUUCUUGACCAAGCAAUCCAAAGUGUUCCAAAGGAAGAACUAUCUAAGAACGAGCAUUUGAACUCCAUGUUUAAUGGACUCAAAAUGACCAAUGAGCAGUUGCUAAAGGUCUUUGGGAGGCAUGGACUUGUUAAGAUUGUUCCCAGCGUUGGGGAAAAGUUUGAUCCAUACAUUCAUGAAGCCUUGUUUGAAGUGCCCAAGGGGGCCGAUAAUGAAGGAGGGACUGUUGCCCUGUGUCAGAAAACUGGGUUUAAGCUGCACGAGCGCACCCUUAGACCAGCAACUGUAGGCGUGUUCAAGUCCUGAGUUGAUUGAUAAUUGGGAGACCAUAAUGUGACUGUCCUAACUAUAAAAACAAAUACUGAGAAAAUGGAAUUAACCCUUUAAAUACAAAAAAAUGUUAUUUUGUAUAUUCUGAGAUAUUUGUGUAUAACGUAUAAACAGCAGGUACUCAGACAUUCAUUCAACAUUGGACCUUCAAAAAGUAAAGUUUUCAAAGGAGUUCUUUGUAAAAUCUCAAUUCUCUUAAUCUUAUGGUAACUGUACAGAAUUGUUGAAGAAUGUGACUCAUGAAACAGUUUCACUUCACCUUGUUGACAUUGAGGUAACUGGUAUGAAUGACGUAGGUUGUUGUAUACUUAACCCUCUGGUCUUGCUACACAUGUAUUAGACCGUACAUGUAACAGUAUGAAGUAUUCAAAAAUUCAUAAACAUAUUUGUAAAUGUGAACAUUGAAAUGUUUGAUGUAGAAGAAAAGGCAUAAACUUAAAAUGAAUGUUUACCAGUGCUCUCUGUUGUUCAAUGUUCAUCCAUAAAGUGAAAAUGAUA